UGGCGCGAUGUCAGUAUCUUUUGAGCUCUCGGACCGUGUGGAGUUGCGACGUAUACCGUUACGUGGACAGUGAACUUUUUUAAUUCAGAUCGACACUCUCGUUCCGAAGUAUUGUAGCGGUGGGGGAGAAACGCUUCGCCGGUGUUAUGAAUCACCUUUGCGUAUAUCUUUGCAUACGGUUUACGUAUUCGCUAGAAGGAUUUCGACAACAAACCGGAAAUAGGAAAAUGAAACUCACCCCGAUUGUGUCUUCUUACUGAAAAAACGACAAACAGUUUAAGUGAAUUUUGAACAUCCAAAAGAUUUGGUCAAGUGAAAAUUUGAUGCAGUAUUACGAAGUUUGGAAGCGUGUGAUUGUUUUUCGUGAAUACUUUCAGAAAGGAAGGGGUGUGCCGAUACCCUAGUAAUUACAAAACUAAUUUGGAAUCGAAAAUGAAAACAAAAUAAACCAACGACAUUGGAUGGAGAAAAGUGGGUUAUUGCAAGUGGGAAAGCGGCGGUAAACGAAACAAUUUGCUAAUAAAAAAUAAACAAAAGAGAAAAAGUAUUCAAUACCGUACUGGUAGUUUGCAACUGUCCUCUGGUAAUUGAAGAGUAUACAGGUUUGAGAAAUAGUCGUUGCUAUAAAUCACAUUAGACCAUUGAAACAAAACGGAUUACUCUGCACAAACGUUAUAAACAAUAACGGGGCAAGAUGAGACAAAUUGGCAUCGAGACCGAUGAUCCCCUCAAACGAAUACAGGAAGAAAUCAACGAAGUGGUGAGACGUGAACAAGAGCUACGACAGGGUCAUCGAUUAAACGACUCAAAUGACGAUUGCCACUCAUCGGUAAACUCGGAUGAUUCGGGACUUUCACUAUCUCUGAGCCCGGUCCACUCUCCUUCAGUGUCCAAUUUGAAACAUAAAAUUGAAGCGAGCACCAGGAAAUUUACUGAAGCAAAUGAUCACGAUAUUCGUACUACCGGAGAUCGUCAAACAGUUUCAUCGCAGUCGAAUGUAUUGAUUCGUGCACGUUCAACGCCACAAUUAUGCCAAGUUCCAAUGAAUCGUCGCUUCAACGUUCAUCCGAACCAACGUGGUAUGAUGCAGAAAUUUAUUGAGACUCGAGGUCGACUCAACAAGUUGCCUACGACACUCAAUGGUAAUAUGAGCACCAACUGUACCAACGAAAACCACAUGGUUAUAAAUGAGCAAUACAAAUCUCCCAUCGAGUUGAACCGUCCGAAUUUCAUGCUGUCACCUACCGCUGUUUCUGCACAACCUAUCAUUGAGCGAGACUCUAAUGGUAAACCUAUCCGAAGAGGUUACGUACCAGUAGAAGAGAAAAUUCAGAAGGAACUUCGUGACCUGAAGAAUAGAGAAGGUGAACUGAAGCGUCUGCGUAAACAAAGCAGAGUUUUAUCACAGUCUGACUUGCUUGAACUGAAUUACGAAAGCGACUCAGGAGAGUUUCUGUCAGACGAUGAUUGCAGCGUUUAUCCAGUAUCCCGCAAACUGCGACCUACGAAAUCCAUCGGUGAGCUAUGUGAAGCCUUGACGAAUUCUAGUCUAUCUCCCAGGGAAACACCAUCGCCGCAAAUGGAAAGUCGUCAUCGUUCUGGUGGACUACGCCCUGCAGUAUCCCUGGCGCAAUUGUGUGAUGUUGACCCAGAGGAAGCUCCAUCGUCGCACAAACUUAUAGCGAAGUGGGAGAAUCUUAUCCAACAGAAAUUGCAACGAUAAGCUGCUGGCAGCUCUUUUUCCAUUAGAACUGGGAGAAAAGAAAUCGAGAAUUUGUCGGUCGAAGAAUAGGUUGUAUGCGUUGCACAUGUAUCGGAACCUAGAGGCGAAUGAACUGCAAAGUUUAAAUCCUCCUAAAAACAAAGAUAGAAAGAAUGUAUCGGAAUAAGGUUAAUCAGAAGUGUACAGUCAAUGCCAAAAUCUAUCCUAUAUGAUGAGAGAUACAUGUUUGCUGAUUGUAUCAUGUUGAGAAUGCUUUAUUUUUUAAUCUUGCCGUUCGAAUAAGUCUGUUCUUGCAACGUUUGAUUCAAUUCGAAGAAAAACUGUAUAAUCUUUUAGAAAUUAUUUAUCUCGGUAAGAAUUAUGAACUAAAAUAUGAAACUAUACCAACUACACAUUAAGGAAAAUGUUAAACAUUUUCAAACCUGUUUGUCACAUUAUACUACACCCAGAACGUACUUAAUUAUUUUCCCCCCAGUCUCUUGAUUUAAAAUAAUCUUAUAAUUAUAAUAAUUGUAAUAGUUAAAAAAUAAACGUAUUUGAUCCUGA